GGGGUAAUGACCUCAAACCUCAAUACUGCAACUCAUUUUCUGAGGCCGUUUUGCAUUAUUAUAUGCUCGCCUCGGGCCACCGUCAUGGAAGAUGCAACGCCAUCUGAAGGCGCUAUUGCCAGCAGCUCGGCUCCCGCAGAGACUUCGUCUAUCGAGUCAACCCCGCUCGUGAGCGAGAGGCAUGAAGCCACCUCUGAUGCAGCGGCGCUUCCAGGUCCUGGUGAGCCAAAGCCAGACGCCACGAGAGAAGUCCCGGCGCAGGGCGACGACGCGCAAACUUCGGGUGAUGAAGUGGCUGCUGGCUCAACGGCGGACAAUGCAAACCCCAUAGCCGCCGAGAUCGAAGCACUGCGGCAGCGGCUUCUGGAACUGGAACAAAUGACACAAGGCACAAAGCCGAAGCCGAUGGGCGAAGCACUCCGGGAACGAUGGGAGCGCGCAAGGGAAACGCACGGUGCUCGGACGGAAAGACGGCUCUGGAAACAAGAAGAGCGACGACGCAAAGAGGCAUUGUUGCUGGACAACGCGGGAUACGUCGGUGGACGCCAGUGGAUGCACAAGGUCGAGGACGAAGCCCAACGGAAGAUGAGCGAAGAUGUCAAGUACAACAUGAGACUCUUGCGAUUGCGCAAGGAGUGGGAGCGGAAAAACGCCUUCCACUUUGCCCAGACCAGCGGCCAGCCGGGCGAGUACGGAGGCGUGGGUCUAGAGAGCGACGAGACGGACUUCUUAUCUGACUACUCUGAUGCCACCGAAGAGCACGCUGUCCGGCGCCAGUUGUUGCAGAAGAACUGGGAAUUUGAGAGGCACGCCUCGGAGUUGGAGUACCGAAUGAAAAUUGCGAAGCGCGCUCGAAAAAGAGAACGAGAACGAGAACGAGAUCGAGAUCGAGAACUUCAACGGGAGCUGGCUCUCCAACGAGAGCCGCGCGAGAGGUUGGAAAUAGAGAAGCCGGAAAUGCCGCUGCAUGAAUCGCCAGAGCGGUCGCCAUCGCCAUCGCCAUCGCCAAUAUUCCGAACCGUUAUACGGCCAGAUCGGAAGAACACCGAAGACAGGGGCAAUAUGCGACCGGUUCUGAAACGCGUGGAAUGGGCUCUGUUCUGCCUUGCUACUAGGAUAUCCGGAUCUGAUUUCCGCGCCCUAGACAUACUAAUCGGAGAUCCCGUCAUCGAUUUUGAUGUUCCGAAAAGGUACAGAGUUACCUCGGGGCAUGCUAAGCGCGUCGAUGACAAGGGCGUCGAGAAGAAGCCAUUAGAUAACCUGAAGUGGCCGCCUGCGUCGGACAUGGAGCCCAGCACUACACGCACAGUACCGCCCCUCCCCGAGCGUGUGCGUAUCAACUCGCCGCAAAUACUUGCUCUGCUCGAUAUGGUUCAUGAGGGCUCCUUGGCUGAGGACCUGAAUCCCUCCUCCCUUGUGCUCCUCCGGCCAUUCAGGAUCCUCAUACAUUACGAUGAGGCCAUCAGGGCCCAGAUCAAAGAAGUUGAGCGACAGUUUGCUGAGAACGGAGUUCCCGAGGCAGUCAUGGCGCCCGGUAGUGCCCCAGCGGCGCCUGUCAAUGGUGCAGAUGAUCCCACCGCUCUGCCCCCCCGGCUUGCCCAUUUCAAAUGUUUAUUGGAGUUCAUGGACACAGAUAUAGCGGGUAGGAUUGGCUAUCUCAACGGUCCCAGCUGCGACAAAAUCACUUUUUCGGACCUCUGGCAUCUCUUCCGUCCCGGAGAGCACGUCAUUGGACGCGAUGGAAAGCAGGCGUAUCGGAUCCUCAAGGUGACCAGCGUUCCGCACCGGGCCGUUGACCCCAUCCGCCGAUGGCUGGACAGGUCGGAGGAAAAGCAGGAAGAGACGCCCCUCUGCAUCGACUGCGUGCAUCUGGACUUCGACGGCAAGCAACUGGGGCCCGUAUUGAGCACAUUUCGAAUUCAGAGGUUCGAGGGCGAGAGACCCAUCACAUCGCUGGAGAUCUACCCUUUUCACUUCCACCCAUCUGCGAAGCUCGGGCCCGGACAGUCCGCAUAUGAAGCCUCCGAAGAUCCCUGGAAGCACCCGAGGCGGGAUAGCCAGCUCUGGAGGGACCUCGUUGAGCGAGGGAAGACGUUUCUCCGCUUGUCAGCCGUCGAUCUGGCAGCAGUUCGACCCAUGUACUACGCCGGGCCUGUAUUGAACACCCAAGACGAGACCGAAGGCCAAGUGGUUGUCGAUUUUGAAGCUGCGUUUGCCCAUACAGACUUUUACGAGAGCGGCUGGAAGCCCAGUCUUGAGACAUUGAUUGGAUGGGACACCAAAGAAGGGGCCGAGACCAACAAAAUGUGCGACGCUGAGUGUUGCAGAAGCGAUUCCAUUCACGACGACUCCUACGUCGAGGCCCUGAGAAACGAAGAGUUUAUGGGCUCCCUCCUGCCGAGAUCAUCCGACGGGAUGCCCUCGGUUUUGAUCCUCCCCCGUCCGCUAGACAACAAGGCCCCGGACGGAAACCUCAGUGAAGACGAUCUCGUCAUCAUGUCAUACCGCGUCUUUGCCUUCCUUCUCAGAACCCGUAGAUGGGCGCAGCUGGACGUCAGCCGCUUGACAGAUGUUCGUCACUUUGAGCACCAGUACGGGGCGAUUGGUGCCAGCAAUGAAGGCGAUGAGCUAAGCACACCGUUUGACCGACUUGUGCUGCCGGAUGGGCACAAGGAUGUGAUUCUGUCACUUGUUACCCAGCAUUUCCGCAAUAGAAAGUCGGCGCAGAACGAAGGCGACUUUGUCGAUAUCGUGCGAGGUAAAGGAAAGGGGCUGAUUAUGCUUCUCCAUGGCGCGCCUGGGGUUGGAAAAACCACCACUGCUGAGGGUGUGGCGGAGAAAUUCAAGAAACCCCUGUUUCAACUAACUUGCGGCGAUCUUGGUACAACAGCGAAAGACGUGGAGGCGGCACUGGAGGUCAACUUCUCGUUAGCUAGUCGUUGGGGAUGCAUUCUACUGUUGGAUGAGGCCGAUGUCUUCCUUGCUCAAAGAUCGAAAGAGGAUUUCCAACGGAACGGCCUUGUGGCAGUCUUUUUGAGAGUACUCGAGUACUACUCGGGGAUCCUCUUCCUAACCACGAACCGCGUGGGGGAUUUCGACGAAGCGUUCGCCUCCAGAAUCCACAUCAGUCUCUAUUAUCCCGAGCUCGACAAGGAGAAAACGCUCGAGAUCUUCAGACUCAACUUCCAGUUGAUGCGCCAACGAUUUCGUGGUAAAUCUAGCAAGUUCACCCCUGACGAAAUGGGAAUCGGCGCUUUCGCCGAGAACUACUGGAAGGACAACCCGUUUGAUCACUGGAACGGCCGGCAGAUCAAAAACGCGUGCCAGACAGCGCUCGCGCUCGCCGAAUAUGAAGCCCAGGGCAAAGACCACGAGGUCGUACUCAAGCCGGAUGCCGAGAUCAAGCUCGGCGUCUCCCACUUUGAGACCGUCUCCAAGGCGUAUCUCGAGUUCUCCAGGUACAUCAGAGACAUCUACGGCACCCAUGCCGCACGGCGUGCAAAGGAGGCGGGCCUCCGCGCUAUGUGGGUGAAUGAUAAGGGCGAGGUCGUAGCCAGCGUCGGGCCCAAGGAAGCUGGCAUGCUGAAGGGAACGGGGGAUAGGAAGGCCCGGUUCUUGCAGCGAGCCCAAGCCAGGUAUCACCCGGUAAGUCACGAACAGCAGCAGCAGAAUUACCGCGGACGCGGCAUGGGUGGAGGGGGCGUACCUGGUGGACAAUAUGGUGGCAGCCCCCAGCAGGGAUUCCAGGACCCGCAACCGGCUUACGGGAAGGCCGGUCUCGCAAGGUCCAGGCCAUCUGACGCAAACCCUCCCCCCCCUGGCGAAUACCAAUAUUACUCCGACAACGUCGAGACAAGCCAAGGUGGCUACCGCUACCAGGACCCGGUCCCGCAGCGACAGCACCCGGCAGCGAUAGGACGACCCCAAGAGCGCGGGUGGGAUGAUCACCAGUGGCCUGGCACCACUGCCGGUGAUGAUUAUGAGGGGCGCGGCGGCCCGCAACAGCCUGAGAGACUGGAUCCCGCCGGGCUCCCUUAUAGGGGUGGGCGGCCGCAGCACGACUCCUCCCAUCAUCUCGGAGUACCUCCAAGAGGGCCUGGGGGCCAUCACAUGCAGCAGCCACAGCCGGCACCGCGUGCGCCAAGCCGCUCUUCACAGUAUGAUACGCCAGGGACAGAAGAUGAGGCGUUGCGCUACCCAAACCAUUGAGGCCGCGGUCUUACCGGAGUAGGGG